ACCAAAUAACAAGUUGUGGAAAAUAGUCAAGUCAGAUUUUCAAUUUGACAACAAUAGCUAUAGCGAGAUUUUUUGUUUCCUUGCAAAGACUUCAUGGGGAUCGACGACUUCAAGAAACUUAAAUAGCUAUGUUGGUUUGGCAUGAAAAUUGUACAGACACAAAAUUUUGUUUGUUGGUUUUCUGAAAAGGAGUAUAUCAUAUUAUGAUGGCCGAUUGGCCCUCUUUGAUGUGGUUUGUCUACCUUUUACUGUUUUAUUCACAAACCAAUCCUUCAUCGUCUUUGUCUUCCCUACAUUUUCCCUUAUGCCAUCUUGAUGAAAGCAUUGCUUUGCUUCAAUUCAAGAACUCUUUUUCAGUUUCUUUGUCUGACCCAGAUGAUGAUUGUUAUGAUAAAACAACAUCAUGGGAAAAUGGAACAAAUUGUUGCACAUGGAAUGGAGUGACAUGUGACAAGCUGACAGGUCAUGUGAUCAACCUCAAUGUUCAUUGUAGUGGACUUCAAGGUAUUCUUCUACCCAACAACAGCCUUUUCUCUCUCAGCCAUCUUCGUACUUUAAUCCUUUCCGGUAAUGGAUUUUUCGGCUCCCAAAUUUCUUCUGAAUUUGGUAAGUUUACUUACUUGACUCGUCUUAACAUCUCUAACAGUGGAUUUUCUGGUUAUGUCCCCUUAGAGAUUGCCCACCUAUCCAAAUUGACUAGUCUUGAUAUAUCUUCAUCUGAUGAUGUCAAAUUGGAUACUUCAACUUUGAAAAGAAUUGUUCAAAACCUUACUCAUCUUAGAGAGCUUCAUAUGGCAAACAAUGACUUGUCUUCAGUAGUAUUACCUGCUUCAUUUGUGAAUUUGUCAUCUUCUUUGAUAUCUCUUGAUCUUAGUGACACAAAAUUGCAAGGGGAAUUCCCAACAAAUAUUUUCAGGCUGCCCAACCUCCUAAAGCUUUAUCUUUGGGGAAACGACAAUCUGACUGGUUCUUUCCCAAAAUCUAAUUGGAGUAGUCACCUGAUGGAACUGGACCUCUCUUCAUCUGGAUUCUCAAUAGACAUAGCUUACCUAACUAGAAAUUUGAAGAAUUUGAAUUCCCUAUUUCUAUCUGUUUGCAAAUUUGUAGGAUCCUAUCCCAAACUAGUUGGCAAUUUCACACAAAUCAUUCAGUUGGACCUCUCAUUUAACAAUUUCAGUGGCCAAGUUCCAUGGUCCUCUCUAAAUUUCAGUAGAAUCAUUUCUUUGGAUCUUUCUGUUAACAAUUUUAUUGGGAAGCUUCCCCAAACAGUCAAACCUCCUCCCUUGGACUUGAAAAUCCUCUUCUUAUUUGAAAACAAUUUCAAUGGGACUCUGCCUUGUUGGUUAUCUCUUGCUCCUUCUUUGCAGCAUGUAGACCUCCAUGGGAACCAAUUCACAGGUGUCAUUAAUGAAUUUCAAACUCAUUCUUUAGAGGGUCUUGAUUUACAUGACAAUAAGCUACAAGGCAUGAUUCCAAGGUCCGUCUCUUUGCAAUCGAACCUUUUCUGGUUAGAUCUUUCAUCAAAUAAUUUGGCUGGUGUGGUAGAGUUUGAUCUGUUUGCAAAGUUGCAAAUUCUUCACCAUCUCAAUCUUUCAUUUAACAAUUUUUCAUCAGCUUCUUCAAAUUCUAUUAACUACACUUUACCCAUGCUUUCUGAACUGAGCUUAUCUUCCUGCAAUAUAACUCAAUUCCCACUCUUUUUGAAAGCCUUAACAAAUUUAAUGGUUGUAGAUCUUUCUAAUAACCAAAUCCAAGGCAAAGUUCCAAAAUGGCUCGGAAACAUGGGCACAGACUCGCUAAACUUCGUUGACCUUUCUCACAACUUUCUUACAAACAUAGAGCAAAUUCCAUGGAAAAAUUUAAAUUAUCUUUUCAUUCACUCCAACUAUAUUCAAGGAACUCUUCCAACUCUGCCACCUUCCAUAGCUGUUUUUUCAAUCUCAAACAAUCAGCUAAGUGCAAAGCUGCCUUCUUCAUUUUGCAAGCUUGAUAACAUUCAAAUCCUUGAUUUGUCCCACAAUAAUUUGAGUGGAAAGCUUCCCCCUUGCAUUGGUAAUAUUAGUGCCACUGUCCUCGAUUUUCGACAUAACAGAUUUCAUGGUGUGAUCCCUUCAACAUUUGCAAAUGGAAAUAAGCUGAUAAACCUCAACCUUAAUGGAAAUGAGUUAGAGGGAUCAUUGCCACAGAGUUUAAUCAAUUGCAAAAUGCUGGAGAUCCUUGAUGUUGGAAACAAUAAGAUAAAUGGAACCUUCCCCAACUGGUUGGACUCUUUGCCAAUGUUACAAGUUCUGAUCUUAAGAUCCAACAGAUUUUAUGGUCCCAUAAGUGAUUCCAAGGCCAUGGCUCCCUUCCAAAAGUUGCGGAUCCUAGACAUCUCAAAUAAUGAAUUCAGUGGUCUUUUGCCAAGGAAAUAUUUUGAGAACAUGGUGGAAAUGAUGAACUCUCAUACAGACACAUUAAAAUACAUUGGUGAUGAACAUUCCAAUAGUGCAUAUUACCACGAUUCAGUGAAAGUGGUAUUAAAAGGAUUCUUUGUUGAGCUGGUGAGAAUCCAAACCAUCUUCACAACAAUUGAUUUCUCGAAAAAUGAUUUCGAAGGAAAGAUUCCAAAUUCUAUUGAAAAACUCAAAUCCCUCAAAGGAUUGAAUUUUUCUCAUAAUAAGCUCACUGGCUCCAUUCCAGCAUCAUUGGGAAACUUGACAAAUCUUGAGUGGUUAGAUCUCUCUUUAAACCAACUUGUGGGAGUAAUACCAAAGCAAUUGGAAGACUUGACAUAUCUUGAAGUCCUCAACCUAUCAAGAAACCAAUUGGUUGGGCCUAUACCUACAGGCAAUCAGUUCAACACAUUUCAGAAUGAUUCAUAUCUUGGAAACCAAGAAUUAUGUGGAUUUCCACUAUCAAAGGCAUGCGAAAAUAAGUCAAUUGAUGUGAGCUUCGAGCAAGAAUCAAAUGAUUCGAGCCCUGCAAUAUUUGAUUGGAAAUUUGCACUAAUUGGAUAUGGAUGUGGACUGGUUUUUGGAAUUUCUAUGGGCUAUGUUGUGAUUUCAAAUGAAAUAGUUGAUCAGUUGGUUGGAAAGUAUGUUGGACGAGGACAGCGGUGUAAAUCGAGGAAAAGGCCGAAGAGGAACACACUCCCUUAAGUGCCUAAAGUGGAAGGAGACGACACUGACAUAGGUGUCUUUCAGUCAUAUGUAAUUAAGUUAUUAAAUUUAAAUUUGAAAUUCAUACGAGCAAUGUAUCAAAUAUAUACGAUUUCAAAUUACAAGAUACCAGAUGGACAUUAUUAAAAACAUAUGAUCCUAAGUUUGUAUUUUGACAAAACACAAGUACUAAAUAAUAAGUGUUUAUCAUGUAAAUAUUUUUCCUUAGGGACUGAAAUGAGUCAAAUCACAAUUACCCCUAGAUGCGAUAUAAAUGAAUACAUUUCUUCAACAAUUUUAUUGAA